GAAGAAAGUUACAGAGCUGCGAUUCAUUUUGUUGUUCCUGAAGGUCUGCAGCGAGUCAUCGCCCAAAAUUCUGAGCAAGGUUGUUUUUCUUCUGUGCUCUCUAGGUCUCCAGAUCACACUAAGUUUGUGGGAAGUUUCAAAACUAAGCAAGACUUCAUAGAUCUGAUUGAAGUAAUUUAUCGAGGAGCGAUGAGGGGAAAACUUAUUGUCCAAAGUCCUAUUGAUCCCAAGAAUAUUCCCAAAUAUGACCUCCUCUAUCAAGACAUUUAGCACAUUUACUACUGAAAGUUGAAGACAAAGGCACAUCUUGAAGCAGUACCUGAGCCCAGCUAUGCUCUCUUCCUGGAGCCCUUCAGAAAGGUGCUCAGCGUCCCAGCAGAGAAGACGUCUGACAGGAAAUACCCUGCCCCCAAGUAGAAGGCCACACUGGUACCAUGAUUAGCAGGGGUGGAUGCUGAAAUGUCUGCUCCCUGCAAACCUCAGAGCAGUCAAGACAACCGUGGUCCGUUUUCCCAGCGUGAUUUUUUAAAUCUAUAUUGUGCUGCUCCUUAUUCCUUAAGAUGAUACAGAACCCUUCUAAACGUUGCCUAGUACAGUUUAAUUUAACUGUGUAUACUUGAUACACAAGUAAAAUAGAAAAUCUGUUCCCACAAGAACAGAAACACUGCUUUUAUACACUAGAUGUACACACAUACACAACGCGCGCACGCUCCCCCUCGCCCAUUCCUCCGUGCAGAUAUUUAUCGCGUGCUCUCACAUCUCCAGUCCCGUUAUCCCUGUUUCUCUUGGAUAAAUGAUUCUCUACUGAGAGUGGGCAAAUUUGUUUUAUUUUGGAAACUUUCUGGCUGAGACUUUUAAAACAGUAUCUCGGGGGGCACCUGGGUGGCUCAGUCGGUUAAGCGUCUGCCUUCGGCUUAGGUCAUGAUCCCAGGGUCCUGGGA